AUGGGAGGCCAAAGAUCUCUUGAAAGAAGUGUUGAAGAAGGCUUGGUAUCACAUAUACCAGUUAAUAAGCAAGUGUAUACUUACGCAGCUAAUGAUGUCAAAGAGAGUACUUAGUAUCUUAUGAAGUUUAUGAGAGAAAACAUCACUUUGGGAGACAGCGAAGCAAAUCAAAGAUCUAGAUCACUUAGACAUGAUGAAGUCUUUAUGAGUCCUAGCAAAUAUGCUGAAACAAUGAGAUAAAAGUAAGAGGCUGAUAAAUCAGCAACUCUUCCAUAACAGACAAUAAAUGAUCCAUUUGGUGUAUAUCAAUACAACGGGAAAAGUCCAUUUGCCUUAUAUCCAGAUCCAAAGAAUAAGCAAGAUAUCAAUGCCAAUCCUCCAGUAUCAAACUACCUAAGUCAAACACAUACUGGCUUUAGAAUGUAAGACUCUCAGACAUUUGUAAAGUAUCCUUUCAAGCCAGCAAAGAAAAUGUAUUAUGGACAUGAUUUUAGAAAUUAUAUGGGCUCUUCACUUGAGCUAGGAGAUCCAGAUAUAGUCAAGCAUGAGAUCAAACUACUUAGCAAGUCUAGAUCUAAUUUCACUUUGACUCCAGCAACUCAACAAAAGAAUCUUAACUAUGAUUAGUUCUCUGUUAAGAUCCUCAAGCAGAGAAGAUCAUCAGUUGGUGUGAUUGCAGCUUUGAAUUUGGAAUCAUAGUCUAAAUAUGAUAUGAAGAGUCUUAAGAGUAUAUCGAAAAUGUCCUAAGGAGACUAACAAGACUAAAAAUCUAACAUGAGUCCAAUUAAAAAAUCACUCCAAAUUGCAAAGCAUCUCAAUGGGGGUGCUAAACUCUUAACAACUAACAACUAAGACGUUUCAUUAAGUAAUAAAUAAGUUUCUCAACAUUUUUUAGAACUCAGCAAAAAUGGGAGAUAUAAUUACCCCCAAAUAAAGGAUUCUAAGCAACUUGAUGAGUAAGAAUAAGUAGUAGUUAAUUAGAAUUUUAGAAUUGUUAAGCAGCUUUAGGAUACCCUUGGCAAGGAUGUAGUUAGUAAAAAAGUCAUAAUAAACAAAAAUAACUUAAGAAAAACUAGCAGUAAUUUUAAAUUACCAUCAAUCAACAGCUAAUUAUGA